CUCAUCUUGAAAGACUCUUCGUGACUGUGUGACACAGGUCACUGGACAAAGAAAUUCUGCUGCCUAUUUGUCUUGGGAAGUCUGUAAACAUGAAGCUGUUUCUGGUUCUCAUUAUUCUGCUGUUUGAGGUACCCAAAGAUGAAGCACGACACAGAAGAUGCUUUCGUAGCAUAUCAGGUUACUGCAGGAAGAAAUGCAACCUGGGAGAAACAUAUGAAAUAGCAUGUGUGAACGGAAAAUUAUGUUGUAUUAAUGACGAUGCAAAGAGACAAUAUCAACAAGUCACAGAGCCACCUGAACCUUCAAGGAAGCCUGAUCAUAACUUGGACUAUGCUAUCUUACCCACUGUCACACUUAGCACAAUUUCACUAUAAACCAAGCGCUUGUACCAUCGGUCUCCACUCUUCUUAAACCAAAAGUGUCACCUAAUCCAACAGACAAGGGCAAAAGAUUUAUCGACUUCUUUUGUGAACUUGAUUCUCUACGUAAUAAAGUCCUAUGCUUUUC